UCAAUCGAGACCACUCAAAUCUACAGUCUCUUGGAAAACGACUGACAAUUCAUUGUGUCACGCUACCCGCAACUGUUGUCUACUACUAGCCUACUGUUGUUCGAGUUUUAUGUUUAUAAUGUGAAGUGUGUUGUAGCCCAGUUCACCUGAGAAUUUGACCCUAACAGAACAGCUGAUAACACGGGGGGAGGGGCCUGAGGCAGUUUUAUAGUGUCAUCAUAUGCCAUGAACUUUGCCAUUGCUCGUUUUGUGUCCUGCUGUGUAACAAGCGGAGGAUUGCAGCUUGCCAGCAGGCCAUCUUGUGUGUUCAAGACAACCUGCACUUGUGCCCCUUUUGUGCUCUUCUCAAGAAGACACUACACACCCGGUGUUUCUUUCAAAAGGGUCAGUGCCUGGACCAAGUUCUCUCACCAUUUCAACAAAAGUCCUUGUCACACCUUACUUCAGUGCAGAUUGUUUACUUCGACCAUGGCACAACAAGCACAGAUUGGAGAGUAUCGAGAUCUGUAUCCAGAAAUUGAAGCUUUUGACACAGGAUUCUUGAAAGUCUCCGAUGUUCACAGCUUGUACUACGAGCAGUCUGGCAACAAAGAUGGCAAUCCUGUUGUGUUUCUCCACGGUGGUCCUGGUGGAGGCACCAGUCCCAGAGACAGACGAUUUUUUGACCCCAAGGCUUACAGAAUCAUCCUGUUUGAUCAACGAGGCAGUGGAAAAUCAACACCAGCAGCUGAACUGAAGGACAACACGACAUGGCAUUUGGUAGAGGACAUAGAGCGACUGAGGGAGCAUCUGAAGAUUGAGAAGUGGGUUGUAUUUGGAGGAAGUUGGGGCUCGACACUUUCCCUUGCCUAUUCCCAAACAUAUCCAGCGAGAGUGAAGGCCUUGGUACUACGAGGGAUUUUCACACUACGCAGGAAGGAGCUGGAAUGGUUUUAUGAGGGAAAAGGAGCCAAUUUCAUGUUUCCUGAUCACUUUGAUGAGUACAUCAGCCACAUACCUGAAGUGGAAAGAGGAGCAGUCAUUGAUGCUUACUACCGUCGUCUAACGUCUGAGGAUGAGAGUGUUCGUACUGAGGCUGCCCGCCGCUGGAGCACCUGGGAGAUGGCCACGUCCCACCUCUACGUCAACGAGGAAAAGCUUCAGAAGGCGGGCACUGAACCUACUUGGUCUUUGCAGUUUGCUCGAAUUGAGUGCCACUACUUUGUCAAUGGAGGAUUCUUUGAGAGUGGGUCACACCUCUUGGAUAAUGUUGACAAAAUUCGCAGCAUUCCAGCCACUAUUGUCCAAGGUCGCUAUGAUAUGGUCUGUCCAGCUACCUCAGCCUGGGAGCUUCACAAGCGAUGGCCAGAAGCCGAUUUCUUCAUGAUACCUGACUCUGGACACAACAGCAAUGAACCUGGAACUCGUACCAAGCUACUGGAUGCCACAGACAAGUACAAAUCACUUUAAAUGUGCCGAGAAGAACAAAUGUUGUGACGUGUUGAUUUACUGUGAAUCAACCAUUUGAUGCACUCAAUUUUGUUGAAGUUUAUGUUUGAUGGGUUUUGUUACAUUGAGAGUAAUCUGCAGCAGACUUAUGUUUAAUGUAUUUGUUGAGCCCUGAAUUUAAAAAAAAAGUAUAGUUUUUUAUUUUUAAUGGUUAACAAUAUUUGAAGGUCAAGAGUGCUCAAGACUGACUUGCCUGGCCUAAGUAAAAAAUAGCCAAAGAUGAAAAAAAUUAGGUAAAAAGUAAUACAUGAUGGGCUGACUAGAGUAAAAAAUGCAUUCGAAGAAAAGACAGGGUGAAAUUAGUUUUUAUUGGGAUGGAUUUUGUAAUUGGUAAUCAAUACUUGUUAGCUUAAACUUGAAAGCAAUCAGUUUUACUUGUUUGGAAGUAAAUGACAAUGGGAUAAUGUUUGCUCAACAGGGCCAUUAAUUAAACUUUAUGUUACCAUUAUUCAUUCUAUGAAAAAAGCUGUGGAAGCUCUUCAUUGUACUUGGGAUGUAAUUCUGAAAUAUAACGUGCAGUCUUUUACAAUUUGAUCUUUAUGGUCACAUUUCUGACCCAAAUUGAUAUCUUUUAAUAAGUACCAUUUCUAUGCCUUGUAUGCUUCCCUUCCAUAGUGUUCUCAUUCAUUUCUUUAAAAAAAAAUUCUAUGUAUUUUUCUCUCUAUAGAACAAUUAUUUUUAUGAAACAGAUUUACAUUUUGUUUUUCUAUUUGUAUCCUGAAGAAGAGUGAAUGAAUAAAGAAUACAAAAGUGAAUGAAUGAAU